AAUUCCGCGCCGCGCCGCCCCGCCCCACCGACCUAGUGUGCGCCCAGCUUAAGAAAUCGGCUUAUCGAUGAGAACUUGGAAUCGUGCCUCAAAUAAAAAACAACAACUUACCCCUACUUUCCAAGGAAAUGCAAGCCCAUUUGUUCGCAUUAGUGUAUAUAUAGUCGUAUUUGUAGUGUUUAGGAUACCUUUUAUAUUCAGUUGGACUCAGUCAAUGGACACGCUAACAUCGCCGUGUUGUCGCGAUUUGUUGCGUUAUUACAAGCGUCAAGGUACAAGCGAUCGUUUUGAUUCGGAAAGUUUCUGCCGUGUAGGACUUGACAAGCUGUGCGCGACUUUGGAUCUGUAAUCGUAAUUGGAUGAGACCUAAAGGUCGAUCCACACAUAUCCGUGCCGUGACGGGACGUAACGUACCGUCACGUGACUUUCAGUGAAAAAAAAAAAUCGGCUGACGAAAAUUCUUUGUAAACUAAGGAAGAAAUACGGUGCGUGUUCAAACAUGAACGACAACGUGGCUCUCCGACACUCUCAGUGCCCUUCCGGCGUCCACUGUGAAAAUAAGAAAUACGUCCUCGCCGAUAUUUUCAGUUUUCACGUCCGUAUUUUUUAAACGAGUUUGCUCUAUUCACUUUUGUAUUUUCUGUGUGUACCUCAUUUUUUUUAAUAUGAACGACGAGCUUCUCAUCGAGUUGGUUCGGGAACGGCCAGUGCUUUACGAUUUGAAGGACCCCAAAUACCUAAAUGCCGAUUGGAAAGGAAGAAUUUGGCAGGAAAUUGGUCUCAAAAUUAAUGUCGAUGGCAGUCAGUGCAAAUCCAGGUGGAAUAAUAUACGGGAUAACUUCAAAAAGUCUUGGGGAAAAAGGAAAACAAAAAGUGGACAAGCUGCUAAGAAAUCAAAACCGUAUAGAUUUGAAAACCAGCUACAAUUUUUGCUGGAAUUCAUGGAAGAACGUGAAACGAAGGGAAACAUAGGAUUGCAUCCUGACUCAGAAAACGGAGAAUUUAACGAUGACAAUGAAGAAGAAACUCGACUAACAAACAACAUUGUUUCUCCUCCACAAUCAUCGAACCAGCCAUCAAGCCCACCAUUCGAAGAACAUCCUACAACUAGCAAUGAUAUACCCUCCACCUCUGCAGCUUGCUUUGCCAGACCUACCCCUGUGACUGGUAGGAAGAAAACCCCCCAACAUGAGACAGCAGCUUCUGCACUUAUGAAGUAUGUUAUCGAGAAUAACGAAGGUAAAAAAAAUACACCCACCGUAACUUUAGAUAACCCUAUCGACUGUUUCCUGUUCGGGAUAUCGGCAACUAUGAAAUCUAUGCCUCCUUAUUUACAACAUUUAGCCAAGUCCGAGAUUUUCUCAACAGUUCAAAAGUACGAGCUUCAAAUGCUGCAAAAUCAGCAGGGACAGGUGAUUCAACAUUCGCCUUACACAAAUGCUGCAUCAUUUCAACCUGGUAUUGGUAUAAUUGAUGAUACUUCUUCCACAGGAAGUGCAGAGAGUGUAAGAGAAUAUUGGCAGGCUUUUGGUGGAGAACAACCCUGACUCGAUGCUGCAAAGUAUACUUAUAUUGUAAUCUAAUAUUCCUGUUUGAAUAUAAUAAAAUUUUUUUUAAAUAUUGUUUUAAAAUGUUUUUUAAUAUUAAUGAACCCUUCAAUCACUUGUACAUAUCUGACGCAACUUAUUUAUAGGAGUGUUAUUUACAAAAUAAAAAGUCAAAAAACUAGCAUCAACCACAGAAGAUAAAGUAAUAAAAUAUAUAAGUCUGAUAGGAAAUAUGCCACUAUAAAUUCGUUUGUAAUAACCAAUAAA